UCUCAGUGGAAUCUCGUUUCUUCUUCUUAUCAUCAGCACAAUCAUCUUCUGCAUUCAGCCAGCUUCCUCAGCUUCUUCGAAACCUCUUCAACCUUCUUCUCAGCUCUAAGAUUUCUAUCUUCCUUCUCAGCAUCUUAUCUCAACUCCUUCAAUUCCUUCACUACACUUUACUUUACUUCACUUCAACAACUUUCACUUCCAUCUUCGCCCUUCAAUCUACAAUCUACAACCUUCAACUUACAAAUCAACAACCUUCACGAUGCUCGCCCUCAAAAACAUCACCCUCCUCCUCACCCUCUUCACCACCUCCAUCCUCUCCGCCCCUCUCCCCAACCCCGGCAACGGCAACAACUUCGGUGUCGGAGUCAGCGGCCACAACGGCCUAACCAUCACCCAAGGCCACCACAAGCGUGAUCCUGAGCUCCUCGAAGACCGUGAAGCAUCGAACGUCGGCGUCGAAGGCGCUCCCUCUUUCAAAUUCGGUCUUCAUGGAGGCGCCAAACGCGAAGCGUACGAUCCCACUAUUCAUAUCCUGCCUUUCGAACCGAUUGCAGAGAAGCGCGGUAAUGUUGGCGUCGAGGGGAGUCCAUCUUUUAAGUUUGGUCUUACUGGGGGAGCCAAGCGUGAGGCGUCAAAUGUUGGAGUUGAGGGCAAUCCCGACUUUCCAUUUGGACUCACUUCGGGCAAACGUGGCAACGUUGGUGUCGAAGGAUCUCCCACUUUCACAAUCACAGAAGAGAAGCGCGGCAAUACCGGUGUCGAAGGCAAUCCAGACUUCCCAUUCGGAAUUACCAAUGACAAGCGUGAAGCCUCAAACGUUGGUAUCGAAGGAUCUCCUACUUUCACAAUCACUGAGGAGAAGCGUGGCAACGUUGGCGUUGAAGGCAACCCUUCAUUCCCAUUUGGCAUUACCAACGACAAAAAGUAAAUGAUCUAUGAAGGGAAGCUCUAUGAGCUUGGAAGAAAGAUGUGCAGCGCGCUGCUAAGAGGCUGGAUACGAAUGCCCAUCGACGAGAAGA